CGCGGGCUCAAAGCGGACGGCGGCCGCGGGGGCGGGGCCAGAACACAGGCCGCCGUUCCCAACGCGGCGCCUGGGAACCCGCGGCCCAGCAGCGCCCCGGCGGGGCCGAGCAGGAGCAGACACCAUGGAUUCCUUCAAGGUGGUGCUGGAAGGGCCAGCACCCUGGGGCUUCCGGCUGCAGGGGGGCAAGGACUUCAACAUGCCCCUCUCCAUCUCCCGGCUCACCCCAGGAGGCAAAGCUGCACAGGCGGGCGUGACGGUGGGCGACUGGGUGCUGACCAUCGAUGGGGAAAACGCCGGGGGCCUCACGCACAUCGAAGCCCAGAACAAGAUCCGGGCCUGCGGGGAGCGCCUCAGCCUGGGUCUCAGCAGGUGUGGGGGCGGCCAGCCGGUUCCGAGCAAACCGGAGAAGGCCCCGGCCCCCGCCGCGGACCCACCGCGGUACACCUUUGCACCCAGCGCCUCCCUCAACAAGACGGCCCGGCCCUUCGGGGCGCCCCCGCCCGCUGACAGCGCCCCGCAGCAGAAUGGGUACGUCGGUGCCUGCUGUUCACGCAGUGCGUCCGUCGGCCUCGUC